UGCCUGCUCCCUCGGCAAAAAGAGGCAGGGGAAAGGGAAGGUGUAUAGAUCGAUAAAGAGCGGCCUCGUCCUUCCCAUCUCUCUCCUCCUCACCAAAACCAGAGAGAGAGAGAGAGAGAGAGAGAGAGAGAGAGAGGAUCGCAGCAGCGGCCGCACAAAAGCGUUCGCCGGGGCUUUGGAUUCCCGAGAAUUCCCUUCCAAAGCGGCUGAAUCUCGGGACCCCGCGCCGGCCCGCCCCCGCGCACUCCUGCUCGUCAUCCCUCCUCCCCACCCGUCUCCCUCCUCCCGCCGCCGCCGCCGCCGCCUCCAGAGCAGGAGCCGGGCGAGCAAAUCUUGGGGAUCCCGGCUCGCUCGCGCGCCCCCGCGCCCGCGCCCGUGCCUUGCCUGGUGGAUUCGCUCCAGCGGGGGGCCGCCCCUUUUCCGUACUCGGGGUUGGGUUGGAUUUGGUUGCGAGGUGUGGUUGGGGGUGGUGGGGGAGCUCGCUCGGGACGGGAGGGGGAGUGGUUACUCCCCCCCUUGGCUUCUUGCUGAGCGCCCGCCCCGCUGGGCCGUGUCGUGCCAUUAAAGCCGGCGCCUUUGGGUUUCUCUCUCCAUCCUCCUCUCCGUCCCCCUCUCUCUACCCGUCCCGCCCUCUCUCUCUCUCCUCUCUCUAGCUAGCUAGCUAGCUAGCUGCAGAUUGGUGCGGUGGUUGUCGGGGCUGGGUUCCUGCGCCUGCCCGGAGCGCGCGGCUCGAUUGGGGGCUCGGAGCUCCAAAGGCGCCGCCUUCCCGGCGCUCCUUCCCCGCGGAAUUCUCGGGCUCCGAAUCCCCGCCGCCGGUGGCGCGGGAGGGGUCGAUUCGCGGCGUCCCUUGGCUGCUGGGGGUGGUUUGCCCCCCUGGAUGGGAAGGAUUUGAGUGGAUUCGGGAGGAGGAGGGGGCAGAUCUGGUUUGAUUCGUCGUGGUAUGUGCCAUGAGGAAGCUCUUCUUCUCCGAGUCCGCCUGCAAGGAGACCAAGCUCCACUCCGCGCCCCACUCGUGGCUGCCCCUCGAGAGAGGGAGCCUCUCCAAGUCCUCCGGCCAUGCCUCCGGCGGCACCUCCAUAGAGUCUUUGAUGAAGAUGCCGGAGCCGGCAGUGCUUCCGCACUUCAAGCCCGCGGACUAUGUCGACAUACUGGCUCAGAUACACGAGGAGCUGGAGUCUUGCCCUCCGGAUGAGAAGUCCUGCCUGUACCUGCUCCAAUUCCAGGUUUUCCGCGGCCUGGGCGAGGCCAAGCUGUCGCGGCGGAGCCUCCAGUCCGCGUGGGAGAAGGCGAGCACCAUACAUGAGAAGCUCAUCUUCGGGGCGUGGCUCAAGUAUGAGAAGAAAGGGGAGGAGGCGAUUUCGGACCUCCUCAGCUCGUGCGGCAAGUGCUCGCAGGAGUUCAGGCUGCUGGAUUUCGUGUCGCAGGUCUCCACCGGGGCACAUGACAUGAGCUAUGAUGAAGAGUCUGAUGAAUUCCGGGGCUCUGCGGUGGUUCAUUUCCGGAUAAGAGAUGAUAUGAUCGCAUGCGAUCGGCGGAAGCUUGCAGCUUUGUCAACUCCGCUAUAUGCAAUGCUCAAUGGCGGGUUCAGGGAAUCAUAUCUAGAGGUCAUUGACAUGUCUAGAAAUGGCAUCUCCCCUAUUGGCAUGAGGGCAAUCAGUAAAUUCAGCCUGUCAGGAAGACUGCCGUAUUUGUCAGCUGAUGCUAUUUUGGAAAUGCUUGAUUUUGCCAAUAAAUUUUGCUGCAAGGGCCUCAAGGAUGCUUGUGAGCGAAAGCUUGCUUCUUUCGUCUCUUCAAGGCAAGAUGCUAUAGACUUCAUGGAAUGUGCUCUUGAGCUGGGCUGUUCCAUCCUUGCUGCUUCAUGCUUGCAGGUGCUCUUGAAUGAGCUUCCAGAGUGCUUGAAUGAUGAGCAAGUGGUUAGGAUAUUCUCCUCUGCAAAUAAGCAGCAGAGGUUGACGAUGGUUGGCAAUGCAUCUUUCUCCCUAUAUUGCCUUCUCAGUGAAGUCUCCAUGAGUACCAACCCAACAUCGGAUGUCACCUUAAGUUUCUUGGAAAAGCUGGUGGAGUCGGCAUCAGAUUCUAGACAGAAGCAGUUGGCCUUACAUCAGCUUGCAUGCACAAGAUUUCUAAGGAAAGAUUAUGCUGAGGCUGAGCCCCUGUUCAGUGCUGCCUUUUCUGCCGGCCAUCUCUAUUCGGUGGUGGGUUUAGCUAGAUUGACCUCUCUGAGGGGUAACAAGCAUUUUGCUCUCAAGUUGCUAGACUCCGUGAUGUCAUCUCGUUGGCCUCUUGGAUGGAUGUAUCAAGAGAGAGCACUAUAUUUGGAUGGUGAUAGCAAGUUAGAAAAUCUUAACAAGGCUACUGAGUUGGACCCUACUCUGACAUAUCCCUAUAUGUUCCGAGCUGCAUCUUUGAUGAAAAGGCAAAGUGUUGAAGCUGCAUUGAUGGAGAUCAACCGGAUCCUGGGAUUCAAGCUUGUGCUCGAAUGUUUAGAACUAAGAUUCUGUUGCUACCUUGCUCUUGAGGAUUAUAGAGCUGCGCUAUGUGAUGUGCAGGCGAUCCUCACGCUUGCCCCAGAUUAUCGUAUGAUUGGUGGCCGGGUGGCUGCCAAGCAGCUGCGUAUGCUAGUGCUGGAGAAUGUAGAGCAGUUGACAACUGCUGACUGUUGGAUGCAGCUUUAUGAUCGGUGGUCAUCUGUGGAUGAUAUAGGAUCCCUCUCCGUUAUAUAUCAAAUGCUGGAGUCAGAUACUUCCAAAGGAGUUUUGUACUUUAGACAAUCUUUGCUUCUUCUCAGAUUAAACUGUCCUGAGGCUGCAAUGAGGAGUUUGCAGCUUGCUCGUGAGCAUGCUGCAAGCGAUCAUGAAAGGCUUGUCUAUGAAGGAUGGAUAUUGUAUGAUACAGGCCACUGUGAGGAAGGAUUGCAGAAAGCGGAAGCAUCCAUCGCAAUACAAAGGUCAUUUGAGGCAUUUUUCCUAAAAGCCUAUGCUUUGGCUGAUUCAAGUCUUGAUCCUUCUACCUCAGCAACAGUUGUAUCACUUCUAGAAGAUGCAUUGCGGUGCCCCUCAGAUAGACUCCGAAAGGGUCAGGCUCUGAACAACCUUGGAAGUGUUUAUGUGGAUUGUGGGAAGCUAGACCUGGCAGCUGAAUGCUACAUAAAUGCCCUGAAGAUAGGCCACACCAGAGCGCAUCAAGGCCUUGCAAGGGUUCAUUUCCUUCGGAACAAUAGAACUGGUGCAUAUGAUGAAAUGACCAAACUAAUAGAGAAGGCCAGGAACAAUGCAUCAGCAUACGAGAAGAGAUCUGAGUACUGUGACCGGGAGCUGACGAAAGCGGACUUGCAGAUGGUCACCAAACUCGACCCUCUGCGAGUCUACCCUUACAGAUACCGUGCUGCUGUGCUAAUGGACAACCACAAGGAGAAAGAGGCCAUUGAGGAGCUGACAAAGGCGAUUGCCUUCAAGGCAGAUCUGAAUCUGCUCCACCUGCGCGCGGCCUUCCAUGAGCACAUCGGUGACAUCUCGAGCGCCCUCCGGGACUGCCGUGCGGCCCUCUCGGUGGACCCCAACCACCAGGAGAUGCUGGAGCUUCACCACCGGGUGAACAGCCAGGAACCCUGAACCUCGUGGUGUACAUACCGGAGCUCUCUCUUAGAGAACCAGCCAACCAAAUAUACCAGUGUAUGUUUUGUACCAUACACAGCAGAUGAAUGUAAGGAUAGUAGAAGCCAGUUAGGUCCUCCCCUUCAAAGCCAAACCCCAUCCCUUGUGUCCCCAAUUAGAUAUGUUGUUUGCCAUAGCCUCCUCUUAGUAGUAAAUUAUUAUUGUCGAUUGUGAUUAAGCCUCCUAAUUGUACCCGCCAUGUGCCCCAGCAGCCCCAUACUGUCAGAAUCAAAAAGUUUUGACUGUAGCAUGUGUAAAUGAAUGUAAUGGGAAAAAAAGAAUGGAAGCUUUUGUCGGCGCAAAA